AUGUAUCAAAACAAAUCAAGCAUUUUUCUCAUUUUAAUUUUGGGUUUGAUUAUUCAUAAGUAUUAUUGUAAAGAACAAACAUAUGUUCAUAAUCAAGCAAAACCAGCACGUUUUCAUGUUGCGGAAUUUAAUUUCGAUCAUGUAUCAGAUGUUUAUGCUAUUACAUUAUGGAUUUUACUUGGUUCAUUGGCUAAAGUUGGUUUUCAUUUAUCACAUCGUUUAACAGAGAAAUUUCCUGAAAGUUGUCUUUUAAUUAUUCUUGGUCUUAUUGUUGGUGCUUUGCUUUAUAUUACUCAUUUAGCUGAACAAAAAGCUUACGUAUUGAAUAGCGAUACAUUCUUCUUAUUUCUUUUGCCGCCAAUCAUUCUUGAAGCUGGUUAUUUCAUGCCGAAUCGUCCUUUUUUUGACAAUCUUGGAACGAUUCUUUUACUUGCUAUUGUCAAUACUUUAUUUAAUACAUUAUGUAUUGGUUUAACAUUAUGGGGUUUUUCAUUUACAUCACUCUAUGGUGGUACAGUAUUUGAUAUGUUACCUUGUUUUGUUUUUGCUGCACUUAUAUCUGCUGUUGAUCCUGUUGCUGUAUUAGCUACAUUUACGGAAAUACAUGUUAAUGAUAUGUUGUAUAUUGUUGUAUUUGGUGAAUCAUUACUUAAUGAUGCUGUUUCAGUUGUUCUUUAUCGUAUGUUUGAUUCAUUUGCUAAAAUUGGUCAAGAAAAUUUAAUACCAACGGAUAUUAUAUUGGGUUGUUUAUCAUUUUUUGUUGUCGCUCUUGGUGGAGUUUUAAUUGGAAUUAUAUUUGGUGUUGUUGCUUGUUUUACAACGAAAUUUACUGAACAUACACCUGUUCUUGAACCACUUAUUAUUCUUGUUUAUGCUUAUUUAGCUUAUCUUACAUCUGAAAUGGUUUCUGUUUCAGGCAUUUUAGCUAUAACAUUUUGUGGUAUGGUUAUGAAACAAUAUGUUUCAUUUAAUAUUUCAAAAAAAUCUGACGCAACAACAGAAUACGUUCUUAAAAUGUUGUCAAGUAUUAUGGAAACAAUUAUAUUUAUGUUUAUGGGUUUAUCAACUGUUAGUGAUCAUCAUUCAUGGAACACUGGUUUUGUUCUUAUGACAUUAUUAUGUUGUCUCGUCUAUCGAGUUAUUGGUAUUGCAAUUUUUGCUAAUUUAGCUAAUUGUUGGCGUUUACUUGAAUUAACACGUAUUGAUAUGUUAAUUAUGUCAUAUGGUGGUCUGCGUGGUGCUAUUGCAUUUGCUCUUGCUCUUAUUCUUGAUGAAACAAAAAUACCAAGGAAAAAAGAAUUUGUUACAGCAACUAUUGCUGUUGUAUUUUUCACUGUUUUUGUUCAAGGUAUAACCAUAGGUCCACUUGUUAAAUGUCUUAACGUUAGACGUAAACAAAUUGAAGAACCAACAAUGUCUGCUAAAUUAACAAAUCGAAUGAUGGAUCAUGUUAUGACGUGUCUCGAAGAAAUAUCCGGUAGUGGUGGAAGCAAUUCUUUACGUGAUAAAUGUCGAAAUCUUGAUCGAAAUUAUUUUAAACGUUGGUUAUUACGUGAAACACCACAAGAAAAAAUGGAUAUUAAAUUAUUACAAACAUUUAAAAAAAUUAAUAUGCAAUCAGCUAUGAAAGUUCAUGAUACAUCAAAAGGUCUUGUACCAGCACCAUCAUCAUCAGCUAUACAUACAUCAGCAUCAGGAACUAAUUUAAGACCUGAAAGUACAUUCGCAAAUUUUUCACAAAUAUUAGCUGCAAAUUUACCAGAACAAACUGUACCUGAUCUAAUGUUUUUUGAAAAUCAUCACGGAGCUGAACAAUAUCGUGAUGAUGCACAAAUGCAUCAUUUUCUUGAUACAAAUCUUUAUCGUGCACGACCUAGAGCUACUAUUCAUCUUCGUAGUCAAGAUGAAUCUGCUGGUACAGAUGGUGUCGCACAUAAUCGCUUUGAAAAAUCUUAUCAUCAUCGUAAUCAUAUAUAUAUUCCAUCAAGACUUGAUAAAGAACAAAUCCAUGGACGUAAAGCUGGUAAGACUAGUGGUGGUACUGGUCGUUCAACAGCUUCAAAAGCUGGAUCAUCAAAUAUUACUCAUAGUCAUACUCAUUCACAUUCACCUAAACAUCAUACAAGUUCAGUAUCUAAACAACAGAAUGAAAAACUACGAUCAGCAUCUCCAGUUUCUGACCAAAAACAACAACAACAACAACAACAAUCAAAAACAAGAAGUAAAAGUCCAUCACUUUCGUCUGAUCAACCAAUUAGACCAUCAUCUCCUACAGCAGAAAUGUAUCGUCCAUCUCCUCCUAUCUCAAUCCGUAUUGAUAAUGACGAUGACAAUGAAAUAUUGGAUGGAACUACAGCUGCUGAACGAAUUUGUCCUUGGCGUCGUUCAUCAAUACCUGACGCAGCAAGAUCAACUUCAACAUCACCAGUAAAUGAUCCAUCAAAUACUACUCAAACAGCUUCAAAUACAAAUGAUCCAAAUCUUCAUCCAGGUCCAUUAACUUCUGCUAAUUAUAGUGGUACAUAUCAUAAAUCACCGGAAUAUUUGGGCGAAUAUGCAACUACAACAAAACCAGAAGAACAUCUAUCAAGACCAAAUAUUCGUGAUUUAUUUAAUAAUCAAUCGCGUAUUCCAGAUGAAAAACAAGAGAAUGAUAUGGAAACUAAUUCGGAUGAAAGUACAACUCAAUUGUGA